CAAAGCUACGUUUUAUCCAUGGGCAACUGCGAGAGCUCCACCAAUUGUUAUGAGUGUUAUGGGGAAGCGGACGGGUGUGUCAAAGAGAUUGAGGUAGACUCCGACGUUGCGGGAACAGGUGUAAUCGUCGCCUUUCUUAUAGGCGCUUCUCUAGCAUGCUCGGCUGUUCUGAUUGGCUAUUUCAUGGACUCCCUACCAGAGACUCUGCUGGCCGACCUGGAUGGGGAAUACAUCGCAUUCUUCCAACGAAGUCCAGUCGCCAAACGCAUCCUCCCGUGGAUAGGCCGUCGAUGGCUCAGAAUCAAGUCGAUCAUCUACCGCGCCUUUGGCAGAAAACUCCCCGAGCAGCGAACGCCCAUUCCUAGGGACCAGCGUGUCGCGGGUGUGAGCCGAUUUCUCCUAGCCUUCAGCGACCAACAGAUGGUUAGCGGCCUGGCCAUCAUGACUGCCGCCCUUGCAAAUCGUUGUAAACUUACAUUCUACAAGCUCGAGAUCGUACUCUGUCUCGCGUGGUUCGCUGCAAUGACCCAUCUCGCCACUCUUAGAGCGUUACGCCAAAACUUCUACGAUAACCCUGUAGUGCGCAACUGGAGAUUACUUGGUAUCGCAACGUUUAUUGUCCUUCUGUGUUUUCUGCAGGUCAUUUAUAUCCUCGCCGACGCCUACCCGAUCACGCCAAUUCAAUGCAUUAUGAACGGUACGAUGCGCAGGACUAGCUACGACCCGACCGAAAUUCUCUCCGCCGUAUUCUACAUAUUCAUCUGGUUACUCCCUAGCUAUGUCGUGUGUACACAGGCCUUGUUUAGCGACCCACGGAAGAUAUAUAGGCGCCAUAGCUUUUACACCUUUCCCGUGCUACGCUGGUCUCUGCCCAAGUCUUUGCCCAGAGAGGAGCGUACCGAGUUGGCACAGAACGCUAUCAUCCAGCAACAGGCGCUCCUGAGUCUAGGGAUAUUCAAAACCAUCGCACGCCAGCCCAGAACUUUGCGGAUUUACAAGCUUUCCUUCGCAGAAUUCCUCUGCGAUGUUGCCUUUGGUAUGGCGUACGGGCUGCUCAACGCGGUGAACCUGGUUUGGAGGGACAGUCCCACUGUCAAGAAAGGGGUGCGACGGAUGGGAUUCGGCCAGGUUGUGGCACUCAUGAUGAUCGCCAUUCCGCUUCUCAGCGCUACCGAGAUUUACAACGAUACAAAGCAUCCUACUGCCGUGGACCGUUAUCACCGACGGCCUGCACCACCUGCAACUGAGGAGUCGAAUGCGCAGGCUCAACUUGAAUCCACAGAGAAGCAGACGACAUCUCCGCCUUUCCCGAUCACUGCCUUACCAAGGAGAGAGUCACGUUCAUGUCACUCUCUCUCCUACCUCCCCAUCUCUCGCCAGACUUUGGCAACCACGACUGUAUGCCCCGAAGGCGCCCGCGCAAAGGAAUUCUACGCACGCGCUGGCUCUUCGCACUCAAGGCACUCUCCAUGA